CUACUGACAUCAUAUUGUCGCCGUCUUAAAAAAACAAAAACAGACUUCAUUGCUCAUAUCACAGAAAAGAAGAGAAAAAAAAACAACAAAAUCGUCUUUGUCAUAGAGAACACAGAAAAUCAUAGACAAAAUGGUUGGAAUUAUGGACGACACCUGCAUACGUUAUCCACUGGGAACGCGUAUAAAAAUCGGUGAUAAUUGUGGAACCGUGCAUUAUGUGGGCGAGGUUUUGGGUUAUCAAGGUACCUGGCUGGGCAUUGAAUGGGAUGAUCCAAAACGUGGAAAACACAAUGGAACAAUCGAUGGCAAACACUAUUUCUAUACGCAGCAUCCAACAGCUGGAAGUUUUAUACGCCCGGGCAAAGUGGGACCAUUCGAGUCUCUGGAGGAGGCAGCUCGUGAUCGGUAUUUGGGUUAUUCAGAGAAUGCUUUGGAUCAACAAUUGUUGCGUGAGGCCCAGGAAUCUUUGCAGGCCUCAUUUUUUGAGGUAGUCGGCAUGGACAAGCUGGCACGUAAACAGAGCAAAUUUGAGCAGCUCACCGAUGUGAGUGUGGAUAAUUGUGCUGUAAAUUCGGCUGGAUAUUUGAAGGAGUUCACCAUGUUGACUACGUUGAACUUAAGUCACACCCUGAUAUGGAACUGGGAAAUUGUUGCAGAUAUAUGUCGUCAAAUUCCUUCCCUGAGAAAUCUAAAUUUGAGUUGCAAUCGUUUGGUGGUUCCCUCCGAUUUGGAGAUUUCAAAUUUGGCCCCAGCUUUUGACAAUUUACGCUUCAUAAAUUUAUGUGAGUGUGGUUUUAAGAAUUGGUCGGAUGUUAUGCAGACAGCUCUUCUUUGGCCCUACAUUGAGUCAUUAAGUCUACAGGGAAAUCCAAUCAGUGAGCUCUCAGUCGUUGAUACAACAAAAAUAUUUAAAAAUUUAAAGGAACUUGAUCUACAUCGUACCAAACUUUUUGAUUUCGAUCAAGUUUGCAAAUUAAGCAAUAUAAAAACACUGGAAUUUUUGAAUCUCAUGGAAAAUGGCAUAGAAGUUAUCAAAUUACCUGAAUGUGAAAGUGAUGCAAAAUUGCUGGAUAUAUUUUCGGGCCUGGAGCAUUUGAAUAUUUUUCACAACCCAAUAUGGAAUGAAAUAGAUGCCUUUAAUGAAUUGGAUAAAUUACCCAAAUUAAGGCAGCUAAAUAAGACACCACAUCUUAAAUCUGAUUUCAAUGAAAUGUUUGUUAAUGCAGUGGCAAUGAUCUCAAAUUUACAAGUAUUGAACAAGGCUCAAAUAUCGCCAGAAGAAAGACGUGGCGCUGAAUAUGAUAUUUGGAAAAAAUACGCACCAGAAUGGUUACAGGCUUCCUUAAAACCUGAAACGUUGAAAGAGUUUUACAAGAAACAUCGAACAUAUUCCUUGCUUCUGAAAAAAUAUGGUUCGCCAGCUGAAUUUAUUCCACGCACCAACAUCAAGGUGUCCAAUCUAAUCAAAAUCCGUGUUUUGCACUCAGAGACUGGAGAUGUCUGGGAAAAGAAAUUUCCACGCAUGAUAACAGUACAAACUUUACUUGGUCUCAUCAUAAAACGUUUUCACAUGGAUAGUGAUACAGCUCCACAGUUGUGUUACGUCGAUCACAAACAUCCAGAAUUGGUGGUACCAAUGGAUAAUUUGUCAAAGACUUUAGAUUUCUAUUCUCUACAAGAGAACGAUACAGUUCUGGUUAAAUGGCAAAAUUCUAUGUAGACUGAGGAAUUAUCAUUCACAAUAACUUGUAUACACAAUUUCUUUUUUAUUAAUAUUUUUUCAAUUGGGUUUAACCACAAAGAAUUUUUUUAUUUAAAUUCUAAAUUGUAUUAUUUUAUUGUAACCGAAAAAUUAAUGGCAUUUCUAUUAUAUUUUAUAUUUUUUUAUUUACAAAUAUUUACUGUACCUUUUUUUAUUAAUUUAUAUUUAAAUUUCACCUUGCCUAAAAAAUAAUUGCAAAUUAUAUGUUAUGCAAAAAUAAAUGGUUCAUAUGUAGCAAUGAGUUAACAUUAAA